AAACCCCUUUUAAAACCAUUUUCGCCUCCUCCCAAAAUCAAAUCGGAGCCGUAAGCCAGAGAGUCGAAAAUGGCGAGCAGUCUCGCACAGAGAGCAGUGACGGAUCGAACAGUAGGGUUAUUGAGGUUCACGUCGAGCUUCGUCAGAAGCUUCAGCACCGCUUCGCCAAACCCUACUGACGCCGCCGCCGAUUCUUCUCCUCCGGUGGCCACUAAGCCGAAGAAGAGAAAGAAGAAGAACCUGUUCGAGGUGGCACAGUAUCUGCCCAAUUGGGGACUUGGGUACCACAUGGCUAAGAGCCACUGGGUCGGCGUCUCGUAUCAGAUCACCAAAAUCAAUCUUUACAAGGAUGGUAAGCAUGGAAAGGCAUGGGGAGUCGUUCAUAAGGAAGGCUUGCCAGCUGCAGAUGCUCCCAAGAAAAUAAGUGGAGUCCACAAGCGUGGUUGGAGGUACAUUCCAAGCUUAUCUAAGUCGACUGAAAGUGUUCCAAGUAUGACUAAACCAACAGAAACUGCUCCAGCAACACCUGAAGUUCAACCAGCUUGAUGCAUUUCCUCCUUUUUAGGGAUUGUGUUGCCUGAUUUGUAAUUCUCUGAUGUUAUUUUGAAUUUCUUAGUUGUACCUCCAUUGGGAGAAUUUUGCUCAAAUAUGGUAGUUCUUAAUUUCAAAAAUCAGUUUGACUAGAUUUGAUACUCCACUGUAACAUCCUUGUGUAUUGAAGUUAGAAUAAACUUUUCACUUUUUGGAAUUUCAGCAAUUCAAAUGGAAUUUUUUAUCAAGAAAAAGAUUGAGCAUGACUGAGUUUGCUUUC